AUGGCAGCCCGAAAAACGCAACAAGAAAUUGACAAGACCUUCAAGAAAGUCGCUGAAGGGAUUCAGACUUUCGAAGGCAUCUACGAGAAGAUCCGCCAAGCUACGAAUCCCACGCAACGGGAUAAACUCGAAGACCACCUCAAGCGCGAAAUCAAGAAGCUCCAAAGGUUCCGCGAUCAGAUCAAAUCAUGGGCUGCUGGAAAUGAGGUUAAGGAUAAGGCUCCGUUGAUGGAGCAAAGGAAGGCUAUUGAAGUGUGCAUGGAACAAUUCAAGGCCGUUGAAAAGGAGAUGAAGACGAAAGCCUACUCUAAAGAAGGCUUAUCGGCAGCUUCACGACUUGACCCCAAGGAGAAGGAAAGAGUCGAAUGCUCUGAAUUCCUCUCGAACAUGGUCGACGAGCUUCAGCUGAAGAUCGAGGCCUUAGAAGCGGAGGAAGAGACACUUCAUGCGCAAAUGAAGAAGGGCAAGAAGGAUACGAAGAAGGCAGAUCGAAUGGCCGACAUCUCGCAUGUUACGGAACGACAUAAAUGGCAUGUGAACAAGUUGGAGUUCUUAAAUCGUUCGUUACAAAACGGGAACCUCGAUGUGAGUGCGGUACAAGAUCUCAAGGAGAGUAUCAAAUACUACGUGGAGGAAGGCGGUAGCCCCGACUACUCCGGCGAGGACGAGACACUCUACGAUGAUCUGAACAUCGGCGAGGAGGUCGAGGCACAAUUCGGCAUGGGCGGCGACGACCGUGUAUCGUCACAAGAUAACCAGUCAAUCCAAGAUGAAGAGCCAGAGCCCAAACCGAAGUCUAAGGCGGAUGCGCCGACACCUCGAAGACCAUCUACGCAGAUGAAAUCGCCCCUUCCUGUUCUUGCUACCCUCCAUCCCGCUGCUUCCUCCAGUGCCACUACCGGCAUGAAGCCCGCUCCUCUUCCCACUCGCCCCCCUGGUGAAACCCUCAAGUAUGCCUCCGCCGCUGCGGCUGCCGCUGCGAGUGACAAAAGUGGCGUUGGCAUUCUCCCUCUUCCCCCUCCACCCGGGUUCAGCCCGGCUCUUUCCGCGGCAAUGCCGAUUUCCAAGUCGUCGACUGCUUCCCCUAGUGUGGCGUCUCCCCUGCCCGUUGCCAAGUCAACGGUUUCACCUGCUGCGGCACCUACCGCAGAAGAACUUCCUGGGGCUGGGCGAUCAAAGGCCGCCGCCGGUACCAGUGGUCCAUCGGCGGCGCCGACCAAGGCUGAGGCACCCACGAACGGCAAGGUAGAGGCAGAAGGAGCCGAAACGGAAGAGUCGGUAUAUCAUCUGCCCCCGGGUCUGCAGGAUCUGCUCCAAUCAUUCGAAGUGACGAAGUCCCGCGCGUCGGCCAACCCAUCACCAUCUGUUCAGCGUCUUCUGGCUACCUCAUUGACAACAUGUCCGGAGGCUGGCGAUGCCGAAAAGCCUCGUCACUACAAGCCGCAGAACCCCUAUAGUACUGCGCUGUACUAUCCACAGGAGCCUCUAGCAAUAUUCGACGACCCCCGGCUGUAUGAGACUGGGCGAAUCGACACGGAUACUUUGUUUUACCUCUUCUACUACCGUCAAGGGUCAUAUCAGCAAUAUCUGGCCGCCAAAGCGCUACGCAAUCAGAGCUGGCGCUUCCACAAACAGUACCAGACUUGGUUCCAGCGUCACGAGGAGCCCAAGAACAUCACUGAGGAAUUCGAACAAGGCACUUAUCGCUUCUUCGACUACGAAAGCACAUGGAUGAAUCGGCGCAAGGCUGAUUUCAAGUUCGUUUACAAAUACCUCGAGGACGAGUUAUAG